CUCGGUUACGAAUAUAGAGAAGUAUCGAAUUUUGUAUCACUAAACUUAUCCAAAAAAAUUCAAUUAGGCUGGUUUAAUUUAUACACAGCCAAUAGCAAUAGGCCUCAAAGGUUGAACAUACACAGGCGUUGGGUUUACUUGGAUCCCUCACGUCGGAAAAGCCACCGGCCGACUCGCCUUCCUUUUUUCACGCCGACGAUACCAUCAAUCUGACCAGACGGUGGGAAUUAGAACCCUAAAUCACACCAAGGUUCUGAAUUUUCAACGUUAACUUGUCCCACCCCAAAUUCAACCCUCAUUGAUGCAUAAAGAGUUUACUUUCUUCAAUAGCCUCACGAUCGAUAAAAGCAUGCGCGUCACUGUGUGACCACACUCGCAGCAGUUGUUGACUUCACAACGGUCUGAAUUUUCCACUCUAUGGAUCCCUAACUGCCUUUUGCGUGUGUGGAAUUUCUAAUCGCUUUCGUUUUCUGGUCAUUUAUGUUGCUUAAAUAUUCGUGAAUUUUGAUGUUUUUUUUAUCCCAUGUAUAUAUGGAAAAGCAAGCUUUUUUACGUGAUAGAACGUUUUAAAAAUUGAUUCUGGGAUUUUUUUUUCUUAAUUUAUUUAGCAACUUGGGUAUAUCGGUUGGCCUUGUUCCUCUAGGGAAGUUGAAGGGGUUGCAAUUAUAACAUGUAAUGUAAUGAUUUUGUACUGGCGACCCCUUUUCAAACUACUUAUAAUGUUUAUCUGAACAAAUUCGAUGUGUGGAUUGAGACUGCACUCAUGGAGAUGGGAUCAUUGGCGGGAAAAUCAACGUCGGAUGGCCCGGACCUUGAAAACCUGCAGCUUGUCGACCAACAACCAGUUGAUCGGAAGCCAUCUUCUCUGGAUAUAGCUCCACAGAGACCCUCCUUUACUGAUGGACAAGAACACUUUGGUCGUAAAAGUAUAUUGAGGAACAUAUUUCGCAGCAUAAAGAUUGCUUUGUUUUCCAACAAGUUAAACUUGUUGAUACCAUGUGGUCCUUUGGCUAUAUUAGUCGAUAAGCUAACAAACCACCAUCUAGGAUGGGUCUUCUUUCUAAGUUUAUUGGGCAUCAUUCCUUUGGCUGAGCGUUUGGGCUGGGCUACGGAGCAGCUUGCAUUCUUUACCGGCCCUACAGUUGGAGGUCUUCUAAAUGCUACAUUUGGCAAUGCUACCGAGCUAAUAAUAUCUAUGUAUGCUCUGAGAAGAGACAUGAUUCGUGUUGUUCAGUUAUCACUGCUUGGGUCGAUUCUUUCUAACAUGUUGUUGGUGCUUGGAUGUGCCCUUUUUGGAGGAGGAAUUGUUCAUUUUAGAAGGGAACAAGUAUUUGACAAGGCAUCUGCAACAAUGAACUCUGGGUUGCUGUUGAUGGCGGUUAUGGGUCUCAUGUUUCCAGCUGUUCUCCACUUCACACAUACUGAAUUGCAUUUCGGAAAGUCUGAGCUGGCACUUUCGAGGUUUAGCAGCUGCAUUAUGCUGGUAGCUUAUGGUGCAUACAUUUUUUUCCAGCUGACCACUCAGAAGAACCUCUAUGCCCGUUUAAAUGAGGAGGAAGAGAGUCCAGCUAGUGAGGGCUCAGAUGACAAUGACGUGCCAGAUAUCUCAAAGUGGGAAUCAAUCGUGUGGUUAUUUAUGUUAACUUCCUUGAUAUCAGUCUUGUCGGAAUAUUUAGUUAAUGCCAUAGAGGGGGCAUCUGUGUCGAUGAAUAUUCCGGUAGCAUUUAUUAGCGUUAUCCUGCUGCCAAUUGUGGGGAAUGCAGCUGAACAUGCGGGCGCUGUUAUGUUUGCUGUUAAAGACAAGCUUGACAUUUCUCUGGGAGUGGCGAUUGGCUCGUCAACCCAAAUAGCAAUGUUUGGGAUACCUUUCACUGUGAUCGUGGGCUGGGCCAUGGGACGGCCAAUGGACUUAAACUUUCAACUAUUUGAGACUGCUACUCUCCUUAUGACAGUUCUUGUAGUAGCCUUCAUGCUGCAGGAAGGUACAUCAAAUUAUUUCAAAGGACUAAUGCUUCUUUUAUGCUAUCUAAUAGUCGCGGCUAGUUUCUUUGUACAUAUAGACCCUGAAUCCAUCAGUGAGUGACUCGUGUUCCUGUUUGAAGAUAAAUGGUGGUAGAUAGGUAGCUAUUCUAGUUUUGCAAAUUGAUGCAUUUAGUUCACAACACAUGUUAAUUCUAGUUUUUAUACUUCAAGGUAUUCUUACAACUUCAUACUUGUUUAUUGUGUAUAGUUUAUCGAACUUUUCUUCCCAACUUGCUCGAUUCAUGGCUGUGCAGCUUAGAACAGAAAGGAGUUGAAUUUAUGUGAUGAGUCUAUAUAUCUUCAUUCUUAUCAUUUUCGAUUUGUGUUGAAUGCCAAAGUAACAUUGGUGGGGUCUGUCUCAAGCUUUAACCUUGUGUGGGUUGUGUGUGUUCAGUGAGAUGGAAAAAUAGCGUCAACUUCAGUUUUGAGCUCCUUUAUUUGGUACAAAUACGGUUUUACAAUUGACAACUACUUAUGUGAUUAAAUUAAAUAUGUUUCAAAUAUAUCAGGCAACUUGGUAAAUAUAUGUACUCG